UUAAUUUUUAUUUGUUAUAAUCGUCAUAAAUACAGUUUAUUCGCAAAAUAACAUUUUUAUAAACACCUAUCAAAUCACUGAUUAAUUACCCAACACGGCUACUGAACGUUUAACAUACGAGUUUUUUCGGUUUGUUUGACAGCGCAUAUUUUAACAACGAAGUUGAACGUUUUGGUGUCUAUGUUUCACUCUAAUAAACACGACAAAAAUUGCUUGGCAAAGUGUAAAAUAAUGAGAGUUGCCCAAAAUUUUGCUUUGCUUUGCCGCCUCGAUGUGAACGAAGUCUUAAGCAAUUCUUCUAAAGUAUUGGGAUUUCGGUAGCCGUUACUGACUGGACAGUAAAUAAUAAAUUUUAGCCUAGGAACAGUUGCUUAAAUAUGUCUAUACGGCAUCACUCAUUUAUGAAGAUAUUACAAACAGGUGGCAGCUGUAGUAUGACUGAAAACAGCUGUUUAUUCCGUUGUGAUUUCGUCCCGCAUCCUGUUAAUAUUUAGCGUAUUGUGCAAAACUCUAAAAUACUAUUAAACGUUCUAUAAUAGCAAAGAUAAAACUAUAUUCUAAGCAUAUAAGUAUAUAAGAUUUAAAUAUGCCGAAAGUGCGUCGAAGUCGAAAGCCUCCCCCAGAUGGUUGGGAGCUGAUCGAACCGACGCUGGAAGAAUUGGAACAAAAAAUGCGUGAAGCUGAGACGGAACCUCAUGAAGGGAAACGUAUCACAGAAUCAUUAUGGCCCAUCUUCAAAAUACAUCAUCAAAAGUCUCGCUACAUCUAUGACUUGUUUUAUAGACGUAAAGCUAUCAGCCGAGAGCUGUACGAUUAUUGUUUAAAAGAGAAAAUAGCAGAUGCGAAUUUAAUUGCGAAAUGGAAAAAAUCAGGCUAUGAGAAUCUAUGCUGUCUGCGUUGCAUACAAACUCGUGAUACAAACUUCGGUACAAAUUGCAUAUGCCGAGUACCAAAAUCGAAAUUAGAGGAAGGGCGAAUUGUUGAAUGCGUGCAUUGUGGUUGCCGAGGUUGUUCGGGCUAGUAAAAAAAAUACUAAGAUUUUUAGUUGAUAGUACAUAAAAUAAAGAAUGUGUCAAGGUAAAAUAUUAAUAAAUAAAGGACUUAUUUUUGAAGAAAUUAA